CGAGCCUGGCUCCUCACACAUGGACGGCAGGAGGAAGUGGUCAGGAUGUGUUUGUGUCGCUGUUCCAGAAAUGAAAAUCAUUGAAUCAGCGUUGGGCGGGCAGCUAAGUGUCUCCACUGGGCGCUGCGCUGGGUCACGAAUUCGCUGCUGUGGCUGGGCUCGGUAGGUAACACAACCUGCUGUUCUGGUUUCAUCUGGAUCACCAUUCCCACGAAGGCAUUUGACAUUUCCAUCAGAAUUGGGGGAUUACGAAAUGACAUCGGGAUACGUGAAGUGCCACCUUGAUGGCUAUCAAGCUUUUUUUAGACUGGACGUAGCUCUGUCUUCUGAACUUUAGAAAUGUCAGGAGCUGAAAUAAUGGAGUCCACCAAAGGACUCGGUAAACUGGAACUGACCCCUGGCUUGGCUGCUAUUGGGGACAGCGCCUCCACGAACAAGUCCGGCCAGCAGCUUCUGGGACCACAGGACCAAGCUCACAUGAACGGCUGUGUCCCACUUUCUCAUCAGGUGGCAGGGCACAAGUAUGGAGUGGAUAAAGUAGGUAUUUUACAACACCCGGAUGGAACAGUCUUGAAGCAAGUUCAACCUCCACCCAGAGGACCUCGAGAAAUGCAGUUUUAUAGCAUGGUGUUCGCAGAGGACUGCUCAGAUCCUUGUCUCUUAGACCUCCAGAACCACCUUCCCAAAUAUUAUGGCACCUGGUCCUCUCCUGACAGCCCAAAUGAGCUUUACCUGAAGCUGGAGGAUGUGACAAGUCACUUCAACAGGCCGUGCAUUAUGGAUGUGAAACUGGGCCAGAGAAGCUACGAUCCAUUUGCCUCACAGGAGAAACGAGAACAGCAGAUCAGAAAAUACCCUCUGAUGGAGGAGAUUGGAUUCCUGAUCCUUGGCAUGAGAGUCUAUAAUGUACACAGCAACACGUUUGACUCCUAUAACCAACACUAUGGGAGGGGCCUGACUCAGGACACUGUUAAAGAUGGCUUAGCUAAAUUCUUCCAUAAUGGAGUCUGUUUGAGGAGGGAUGCCAUCCGGGCCAGCAUAUGCAGGCUGCAGCAGAUUCUGCACUGGUUCCAUUCCCAGCACCAGCUGGCCUUCUAUGCCAGCUCCCUUCUUUUUGUCUACGAGGGACUCCCCUCUUCUUUCACCUCAUCCUCCUUUUCUUAUUUUCUCAGCGAUCCAUCAGUCAGUGUUGCUAUGAUGAAAACUGCCAAUUUGUUGCUGGUUGGUGAUGGGGUUCAGAGCCAGGAAGGGAAAGUAAUGCAGGAGGAAGCAGGACAAGAAAACAAAGUAGAGGAGUACAACAACAACAACACUGAAGUUGCAGUUUCAUGGGACAGCAGCAUCUCCACUGUUCGCACCAAUCACAGGAAAGAGGGGGAUCACCUCUGUGUCAGGGGGUUUCUCCACAUCAACAGGCUGGAUGAUGUUGCUGCUGAGAUAACUAAAGCUGCUGAUUCAGGGGAUCAUGCUCCUGCACUGUAUGAAGAAGAUAACACAUGUCUGAGAAAAGAUGAUCAGAAACUGUCAUGUAAUGGGAAUAGAAACAACAAGGAUGGAGAGAGAGGCAAGAUGAGCAGAACAGAGGAAGAAGACGAGGGAUUGGCGGGACAAAAGGGGACAGACGGACAGGGCAGUACAGGAGACGCAGGUGUGGAGGUCAGGAUGAUUGAUUUUGCUCAUGUUUUCCAGAGUGAUAGCCACGAUCACGGCUACAUCUUCGGUCUGAAACACCUGCUGACAGUGCUGGAGCAGAUACUAUGUGAUGCUGCACAGAGCUAGCUCUUUUCUCCUACCUCCUGAGUUCCUUAAAGAGCCACUGUGUCUUCUUCUCAACAAACACAAAACUGGAGAGGACUAAAGUCUAAAAAUGAGCCACUAUUGAUACUUCCCAUCAAUCUGAUCGGGUUAGCCGUCAGGCAUGAUUGUUGUAUUUUUGUAUGUGGCUUGCCCAAUAUUUUUAUCACAUCUUUUAUCGUUGUUGACAUCCAUUGGACGUCACAUCUCCAUUGUUCUUUGUUUUAAAAUUGUCCUGGAUAAAUAAUAUGUUAGGCUAGGAAAUCCAAAUACAGCCUGUAUUUUUCCAGAACUCGUAGGUUUAUUUCUGGACCUUGGGGUACUUUAUUGGGCUAUAUAGCGAGGUGAAUUGUAAGUUCAAAGUUCCACGUUUCCAGGUGCUUCAUGAUGCAAGCUGCAUGUCUGAUAGGAACCUGAAGGUUUCUGCAGUGUACCCUGUAAGUUCUCAUAUGUUCUUAGUGUAUUCUGUAAAUUUCAGUGUGAGUUCCUGGACCGGUUCAGCAUAGCCUGCAAACUCUGGGGAUGUAUAGGCUGUAUGUGGAUCAUAGACUACAUUUUCCUGUUUUUUUCAUCUCCAGAUAGUUAUAUCGUUGGUGCCUCUCUCCAGUGGUCAUCCAUGAGAGGUGGGAUACACCCUGGACAGGUCACCAAUAGUCGAUAUGCAUUCUAUAUUAUCACUUUACAAUAUGCAACUGGAUAAGUGCUAUUUGGACAAGCUCUAAUGUCAAAUUAUCUAGCUCUGUGUUAGGCACAUUAAACAUUUUUGGAUCGGACCAACUCCUAAUGCAACUCUUAAUUGGAUCACCUAGAAACCUGUUUAUAUUUCUUUCAUUCCAGAGGAAUUGAAAAAAUAUAUAUCAGGAAUGAAGUCCUGCUGCUAUCACAUCUCUGAUCCGAUCCGAACCACAUUUUUAGGAAUAUGAAAGUAAACAGAUGUUUCCAUCUUUAUAAAAUCUGAGUUUGAAUAGCUUUAGUAGUACUGAACUUUAUUGUUGACCCGUGCAGUUGAAAUAGAUAAAUCUCCUCGCUUUUGUUCUACAUGCUUGCUGUCAUUCAGUUGUGAACUGGAUGGAGUUUAUGUGUGUUUACAGUAGAAUGUUUUUCAAGAAACCAAGAUUGAAAGAAAUCAGUAAAUCAGGGUUAGAAACAACUGAAAGAAUGAACUGCUACUCAUUUGUAAAAAGUUUAAAGGGGUCAGUGGUGUACAAGACUUGGAGAAUGAUCGUUAUGUUGUAAUCAGAUUAUAAUUGUGAUUUUCUUUAAACCACUGACAACUAACUCAGGUAUCUUCCCUCUCUCUGAUGUGUGUGUGUAUAUAUGUGCAUUUGUGCUUUCUGCUGUAAAAUUGGUGUUCUUUCUUCUAAAUGUUGGUUGAUUUAUUUUUAUUUUUGUAAUCUCAUGACUAACCUGGUUUUAUUACUGUUGACCUUGAAUUUAUUCUUUUAAAUAUUUGUAUUUUAUUUUGUGUUUCAACUCUUUACAAGAAGCAUAAUGUACUUCCUGGGCUGUGUUUAACUGUUGCUGUGGUCAGCUGCCAAAUGUUUUUCUUCUGGUUUGAUUUCUUCCCCCCACAAUGAUCUGAGGGACAGGGUUUAUUCCCUGGUGUCAUACUACUUUUUUUUAACAAUAUUAUGAAAGAAAAAACUUCAGAUCAAACACAAUGACUGAUUUCUACUGUAGUGGUUGUGUUGAAACAUCUAAGUGGAAAACAAAGCAAUGUUCCGACACUUGGAUAUAUUGCUAAUUCUUCCGAUGGACGCAGUGGCCAAUACAUACAAUUACCCAUCAGUUAUUGAUCCUGUUAUUCCCAUAUGUUUGAUUAGGGGUUUAAGUGAUCUUUCUGUUGGGUUUUGUGAAGCUAUCUUUUUAUGCCAUCUGGUUCUGCUUUGAUUAGCUAACAAUACUUAGGAUUUGGCUCUAUGAACAAGAUGUCAAAGAAGUGCUGCUUUUGAUAUAAAUAAGAAUAAUGAACGGAGGAGUGGCAGUUUGAAUGUGUGUUUGAGUUUUCUGCAGAUAUGUGCUACUUUUUAGACGUAAAAGAAGCUGACAGCCCUACGUUUUUUUUAAUCAAAUCUGUCAGUUUUACCAAAGUUGGAACUCCCAUGGUGAGGUUUGAUAAUGGGUAAUACCACACACUUUGUAUACAGUUAACAGUUCUAAUACUCUCAGACCAAACUGUACUGAAUGAAUUGAAAGACCAAAGUUAUUCUUGUGAACAAUAUACAUUUUUAGAGCCCAUAGCAAUUUUUUGUGUCCCAUUGGAAAAUUUAUUUUUUAGCAGAACCAAAUAUGCUUCUUUAGUCUUUCUAUUAGACCUGUAUGCUUUGAUUCCACCCCCCCAAAAUGAAAAAUUUAAAGCCUUUUUUUAGCGUUUGAAGCUUCCAGCUACAUGUUUCUGGCUUCAUCUCCAGAUCCUCUAAAAUAAGUGUCUUAAGCAUAUAAAAUAAAAGUCCUGUAAUUUUCUACUUUACAUCACUUUCAUAUCAAGAAAGCUUUAAUCUGAAGUUCAAUAACAUAUCAACAAAUAAUUUGAGUCUUUUGAAGAAACAUGUCAUAGUAGGGCUUUGUCAAAAUGCUCAGCUCAUAGAAUGUAGAGUAGGUUUUGUAAAAUGUCAUUUAAUUUCAAAAGGGAGUUUUCUGAUGUAGUUCAGGACUGUGGUUCAGGAAUUCCAAAACAUUUAAUUUUCCACACAUGAAAUAAUUUUUCCAAAAAUGUUUCCAGAAUUUCCAAAAACCUUUGUUCACAUUAAAGAAAAGUAACACAUUCUUCUUUAGCCAGGCCUAAAUAGUUUCUUUGGAAGAAAAGACUAAAGUGUAACAGCCCCGUUACUUGGCACAGACAUCUGGACAAACAUGAGAUUUAGUUACAUGUACAACACAAACAUUACUUGGCAGAACUUCCAGCAGCUUCUUCAGUGUUGCUGUCAGGCUCUUAUCAGCCUCAUUUUCCAGUUUCGUCUGUCUCGUCUUUGGAUACAUUUUGGAGCACCCACCAGUUUCUGUAAUGUAACUGUUUUCCCAUAUUUUCUCAGAUUAUUGAUGGGAUGUAUUUACUUUGCCAUGUUAUAUAGAAUGCUGUGGAGAUUUUUGUACCCUCCUGUCUGAUGUAUUUGUACAUUCAGAUCUUUUGGAGCCUUUGUCACCUCUGUGGAAACUGUAUUUAGGCAAAGGAUGCAAAUAAGCAAAUGUCAGAAAGAAAAUAUUAUGGCAGCUGAUUUUAUUUUUGUUUAAUCACCUUUAUUAUAAUCUGUGGUUAGUUGGCAGCAAAUACUGAAUGGUGAAAUUGAAUCAAAAGGCUGCUUCAAUUUUGUUUUCAUUUUUUUUAUUUUAUUUUUUUUUACAUUGUCUUAACAGAAUUUGUUUCACUUGAAUCAAGCAGGAUAUAUAUCACAUCGAAGGUGCAAAAAGUUUUGCAAUGAUUUAUCCUUGUCAAUUUCUUACAUCACAAAAACAGCAUUUUAACAGGGUGUAGACUUUUGAAAGCCAUUGUACUUCUUUGGGUACCACUGUUAAGACAGCUGAAACACUGGAGAUGCUUUUUAAUCCUACGGUAAAUCUCAGUGCUUCACUCCUGCACAAAGCCACAUCAUGUUAACCCAUGACUGUACUUUAACGUAAGACCUGAUCUAAACUUUUUUCUGAUUUGUUUUAAUCUAAAACCUGAAAUGUUAUGUUUCCCUAAUAAUGCUAUUUUUAAUAAACUGUCUUUUUUUAAAUCAUCA